AUGCAAUUUACAGAAACUCUACUGUCUUCAGAUGAUGCAAGUUUUGAGCGUCUGUUGUUCGAUGAAGUUAGAACACAGGCUCUUGAAGUAUGUACUCCUCAAGUUUUCAAACCUUCGGAAAAUAUAUCAGCCGAACCAUUUGGUGAGAGUGACUUCGAGUCGAGCAAAUCAGAAUACGCUGCCUUAGAACGGACAUUGUUUCGUAGUUUUGAAUUAUUCAUUGCUGGGAGGGAAUUCAUCAAAACUCAAGAUGCGGGUGAAUGUGCCGAUCAACUUGAAGCUUAUUUGCAAUCUGUAGCUCCGAGUGAACAGGGUAUAUGUGGUCGAAUAUUUCAAGCCAAUGAACCAACCUAUUGUUGCAGGGAUUGUGCAAUUGACUCAACCUGUGUGUUAUGCAGGGGCUGUUUCUUCAACAGUGCUCACAUUAAACACAAUUAUAAAAUAAGCACAUCCAUUGGUGUCGGCUAUUGUGAUUGCGGAGAUCCUGAAGCUUGGCGUUCAGAUGCUUGGUGUAAACUUCACAAAAACACAUCAAAAUGUGAAGGAGCUGAAGAGAACAACUUAUCCAAACUUACUGAUACUGAAAAUACAGAUGUAAAGUUACGAGCUGAACUUGAAAUCUCCGUCGACGAAUUAAUGGUCUUCCAAAGUGCGAUUCUUUGUCUUACUGAUUUAAUUCAAGGCACACCUCGUCUAUCAACUGAACCCUUGAGUAGUCGACUGCAUCAGGAAAAAUGUCCAUUGAGUGAAAACGGUGAUGAAAAACAGACGACUGUUGAUUUAUGGUCGACAGAUGACGGUGUGGUUGAUUAUAAGAUGGAUAAUGAGAACUCAUGGGAUAAUUGGCCACCUCCUUUAUCGCAUAUCCCACUUGUCUCACCUAGUGAAGAUGCUGCAAAGCUAGGGCAGGACGCCUGGCCAAGAACUGCUCCUAAACGUCGUUCUGCUGUGGAUGUAGAGGCCAGAUGUUUAGCUCAGUUAGAACGAGCUAGAAAGUAUCAUCCUAGAUUAUUUCCUCCACGACCUAUGCGUACAGCUUCUGAGCGAACCGCAGCUUCUCGAUCAUUUUUAGUUUUACUUUACAACAAUGAAUAUCACAAUUAUGAGCAGGUUAUCAAAACGUUAAGACGUGUGCUGGACUGUACAACUCAGCAGGGUACACAUUAUGCGGUGCUUGUUAAUUGUGAUGGCCGUGCAGUUCUUCAAACAAACCUCACCGCUUCACAAGCGUCUAAUUUGGCAUCAAUUCUGAUGCGUACAUCUACAAGUUUAUCUACACGUCCAAUAAAUUGUGCAGCUCAACAUACGGAUGUUUAUUCAAUGGAAGUAUUUUUCACAUUAUUUAUUCGUUGGUUACGUCGUUUCUGUGAUCAAGUACCUAGUUUACGACCGAUUAUUUGUCAUGCUAUCUUGGGUCAUCUACCAGCUAAUAAGAAUGGUAUCGAUGUUAGUGAAUCAAGUCAAUCAAAUGAUAUAUUGCCAAUAUUACUCCCCGGGGAAAUUGUUGAACAAGAUUCAUUUUUAAGUCAUAUAUUGGAACGUCAUAGUUUAACAUGGAGAUCUGUUCGACAAGAAAUGUUACGUCUUAUUAUGAGUGUACUCCUAAAAGAUAAUUUUUAUCGAUGUGUAUUUGCAAUUAAAUUUACCAGAUCCUAUUCAUCGUUAAUUCAAAAUCAUAUUUAUGAUGAUCAUUUAGUUGGAGACAGUUUAUGUGGUCUAAGUUGUCAAUUUUACACUGUUAUCAGUUUGGCACGUCAACUUUUAGAGCAGAACAAUAUUUUGACACGAUUAAUUUCUCGAUUAACUAAUGCAUUUCAAGUUAAUUCAAUUGUUUUACCUGAUUUUUAUUCACAAACAACUAAUCAAAAUAUACCUGCCGAUAUACAAGAAGAAUUAGCUAUAUCUAAUUUCAAUACUGAUACAAAUGUAUCAUGGGUUAGUGCUGUUCUUGACCUACUUAGACGUUUGAAUCCAUUCGAAUGGGGUUCAUCAGCUGGAUCUUAUAUGAACAAUCUUACAAUAUCAUCAACUAAUAUGAAUCCAAUAAAUUGUGUUCUUCCAGAACCGCGUGUUUUAUCAUGGCAAGCUGGUAAUACACUUGCUCGCUCAUUAUUUCAUCCAUUUGAACGAUUAUUUCAUGUUAUACGUGAUGUGGACUAUAUUCUGGCAAGCUUAACUAAUGUUCGACCUAUUGUUAUAGAUAAUGAUGGUAAUUGUUCAGUUACUUGGUGGACGGAAGCUGCAAGAUCUGCUUAUCUUGAUUAUAUAAGACAAUUUUUAUCAUUGCUUAGUUUUAUACAAGAUAUGAAUGGUAUGCAACGUGAAACACAAAAUCAUGUUGAAGAAGAAUUAGAAUGGGCUAGUGGAUUUUAUAUUAUGAGUUUAUUAGUUAGUCUGCUUGGCCUAACUGUCCAAGUGGCGAGUUCAGAUUAUGAACUUUACAAUUUGGUAUUACGUGAAGUUCGUCAGGUCUUUGAAACACGUAUUGGUAUAAUGGAUCGUCGUUUUCGUAUUAAACCGUUAACAAUAGAUCUUAAACUUGAUAACAAUGAUGAAUCUAAUCAAGCUAAUAACAAUGUCAUGUCGAAUAAAUUAAACUUUCAUUCACUUGGUGUCACAACGGAAGUGUAUGUGUAUGAUGUAUCAGUGUAUCGUUUAAGUUUAUUACAACCGAUUCCCGAUUAUUGGCAAGUUUGUAUGGACAUGGAUUAG